CAUUAAUGUAUGAACUUUGUUUAUUAUCUAUAUAUUUUGUUUGGUUUUUGGUAAAGGAACGUCGCAAAACCACAUUCUUUUUAUUUAGCUGUUUCACUUUCUAAAAAUAAACCAGCCUUCUGUUCGAAUACAUCGUGUACCUGAGUUGCUAGCUCCGAAUGGUUAAUUGGUCGGAAGUCGGUAGUGUAAUUAGAUGUGAUACCUUUGUAUUUAAGUGUAAUUAUACAUGUAAAGAAACGGAUUUAGAUUACCAAAGGACCUAAACAUGCCGGUGUUUCACACCAAAACGAUUGAGAGCAUUUUGGAACCAGUUGCACAACAGGUUUCCAAGCUCGUGAUCCUUCAUGAGGAGGCGGAGGAUGGCAACGCCAUGCCUGACCUGUCCAGACCUAUACAGGUGGUCAAGCUGGCAGUUGACAACCUGGUCAAGGUUGGGUAUGAAACCAUCAACAGCAGUGAUGAUCAGAUUCUGAAGCAGGACAUGCCGCCUGCUCUGAGGCGUGUGGAGGAGUCUUCCAUCUUGCUUCUGCAAGCUUCUGACAUGCUCAGAUCAGACCCGUACUCUGCUCCGGCUCGCAAGAAGCUCAUUGAAGGUUCAAGAGGAAUUCUUCAAGGCACCUCAGCCCUGUUGUUGGCCUUCGACGAGUCUGAAGUACGGAAGAUCAUUCGUGUCUGCAAGAACGUGCUGGAAUACCUCGCUAUCACAGAGGUUGUGGACCGCAUGGAAGAUUUAGUCACAUAUGUGAAGAAUCUGAGUCCAGUGCUGACCAGGAUGACCAAGGAAGUGGAUGCCCGUGAGAAGGAGCUCACCCACCAGGUUCACAGAGAGAUGCUGGUUCGGUCCCUGGAGCAGGUCAAGAAUCUUACCCCUGUCCUCAUCUCUGGCAUCAAGAUCUUCAUCACAGCCAAACAGUCGAACCAAGGUAUUCCCGACGCUCAAACAAACCGAGACUACGUGGUUCACAAGAUGUCUGAUGAGAUCCAUGAGAUAAUUCGCGUGCUGCAGCUGACGACGUAUGACGAGGAGGAGUGGGAUGCUGAUGACCUCGCCGUCAUGAAGAAAGCCCAGAGUGCCCUUGAGCAGAAAAUGAAGCUAGCGCACGAUUGGCUGGCUGACCCCUCGGCCCUUGUAGGGAGCUCAGGGGUAGUCGUUGACAACAGGGUUCUCCGAGGUGACAAGUCCCUUCAGCAGAUCCUGGGGGAUGCGAGGCGUAUUGCCGAGUGCUGCACCAACCCGGAGGACCGCGACCGCAUUGUGAAGGCGGUCAGCAACCUGGAGUCCAUGAGUCAGGCACUAAAUGAGCUCAGACAGCAGGGCAAGGGCAACAGUCCUCAGGCAAUGUCCCUUGGCCGGGAAAUGCAGCAAAAGCUGCGAGAGUUGCAGAAUUUGACUGGCGCAGGUAUCAUGAACUCUGAGCGCAGUGGGAUCCGUAAGCCUGCGCCCACUGUAGAGGGCAAGGUGGACCAGGCUCAGCGCUGGCUAACCAACCCGGGUAUUGAUGAUAGAGGGCUUGGUGAGCAAGCCACCCGUAUGGUCGUAGCAGAUGGUCGACGGUUAGCCCAGGGUUGCCAAGGGCCUCUAAGAUCAGACCUCCUACGACUUUGUGACGAGACCGAAAUACUCACCAAUCAGCUGUCAGACCUUAUUGCUAAGGGACAGGGCAACUCCCCGCAAGCAAAGGCAAUAGCUCGACACCUUUCAGAGAAGCUGCACCAGCUAAAGGGCAAGAUAGAGGAGGCCCUGGUAAAUCAGGUCGCUGAGGACUUCAUUGACAUCACCACGCCCCUCAAACAACUCACCGAGGCUGCCAUUGUGCCACUUGGUACCCCUGGCAGGGAUGCCAAUUUUGCUGACAAGCGGCGUAACUUUGAAGCCCACUCAGCCAAACUUGCAGACACUGCAAACAUGGUGGCCACUGCUGGUGGUUGUCGCACAAAGAAAACUGUCGAAGAAAUAUUUAAAUCCUCAAAACAGGUGAACGAUCUGACCCCACAAGUGUCGACGGCGGCCAAGAUCGUGUUCAGCAACCCUGACAGCCAGGCGGCCGUGGAACACUUUGAGCUGCUCAAGAAGCAGUGGAGUGACAACAUGGAGAGGCUGCGCGGACUAGUGGACGAGGCCAUAGACACGCCUGCCCUCAUCAAGGCUGAAGAGGAUGGCAUAUUGCGAGACACAGACCGAGUGGAAGAUGGUAUUCGCACGUUAGACUCACCAAAAAUUGUUACAAGCGCGUCAAACAUCGCACGCCGCGCAAACCGAGUCCUGCAGGUGGCGCAGCAAGAGGCUGAAAACAGCGAGGAUCCGGCCUUUGUUGACAACGUGAACAGGGCUUCAGAACAACUGAGAUCCACUAUUGCCCCAAUGGUUCAGUGUGCCAAGGUGGUAUCCAUGUCGCCCAAGGACCAUAAUGCUGCCAGCAACUGGAGGAAAGCAAAUUCAGGGCUGAUAGAUGCAGUAGGCGAGGUGAAAAAAGCAGUACAGCCCGAUGACCACAGGGCGGAGGAGAUGUUCCCCCCACCCCCAGACCUCUCACAGCUCCAGAUAUCAGAAGAAGGAGUUUUAGAAGUAACUGAGUUUGCGGUUGUUGAUGGAUUUGAUGGUCCCCCCCGCCCCCCGUUGCCAUCGAAUACUAUGCCUCCCCGCCCUCCUCCCCCAGACACAGAUGAUGAGGAAGACUUCCCCAUACCCCAGGAGAAUCAGCCAAUCAUGAUGGCUGCCCACAUGCUCCAUGAGGAAGCCAAGCAGUGGUCCAGCAAGGAUAAUGAGAUCAUCGGUGCGGCCAAACGUAUGGCCUUCCUCAUGGUCAAGCUCAGUCAGCUCGUCAGAGGGGAGGGUGGAAGCAAAAAGGACUUGAUUUCCACCGCCAAGUUAAUCGCUGAAGCCUCAGAGGAAGUAACAAGACUAGCAAAGAAACUUGCUGCUGAAUGUACUGAUAAGAAAAUGAGAACUAACCUUCUGCAAGUGUGUGAAAGAAUACCCACGAUUGGUACCCAGCUGAAAAUACUCUCCACUGUAAAGGCUACAAUGCUAGGAGCUCAGGAACCCAUCCCAGCCCCAGACGGCAGUGAAAUAGCCUGUGGUUCAGAGGAGGACCAGGAAGCGACUGAGAUGUUGGUAGGAAAUGCACAGAAUCUCAUGCAGGCCGUGAAGGAGACGGUGCGAGCAGCCGAAGCAGCGUCCAUUAAAAUUAGGGUUGAUUCUGGCUACACCAUCCGCUGGCUGAGAAAACGACCUUGGUACACUUGAACCUGAGAGUCCUAUAGUUACCAUGACAGCAAUUGAACAAAGACCUGCAAUCGGACUUCAUGGAGAGAAAAUUGGAAUGUUUUCUUUUAGUUUUCGUUGAUUGAUUUUGAUAUUGUUUCAGAAAAUUCAUGUUAUUUGAGAUUGUUAAUAAAUGCCUUAGAAUGCAUUUAUGGUGCUUUUUUGGUAGAUAUAUAUAUUGUUGAAAGCUAUGCCUUGAGAAACGAGAACGUCAUUGGGUUAUUAAUUUAAUUGCAAUUAACACUUUUUGAGUUACGAAGCAAAUAAAUGACUUGGACAUCAAGGUAUUAAAAAAAAAAAUACAGUGUUAAAGUUUGAAACAUUACAUUAAUCUAAAAUGGUUAAAGUAUGGAUCAUGCUUUUAAAAUAUAUUGCAGAGUACUGGUAAAGACAUAGUUUGUAGGAAUGUGAGUCAAAGUAUUUUUUAGUAUUAGUGCUUUCAUGUACUUAUAGAUAUCGCUGAUCAGUAGUUUGAUUACUACUAUUAGUAACUAUGCAAUAUUUGUCGGAGUUUUCGUUUUCUCAGAUAGGGUGUUCUUUGGGUCGCUUAUUGAGUAUCAGGUACAUGUAUAUUGUUUUGCAAUAUAUCAAUUAACUGUACCCAUAAGUGUUUUGUUUAUCAGACUGCUUGUUCCGUUGUUGAAAAACCCAUACCCUUAUGUUAUUAAAAUGUUAAUGUUUUCUCUCAAGUAGCAUUAUGGUAAUUUGUACUAUUUCCUCGAGGGUGUGCAAUUCACAAGUUCAGUUAUAUGAGAGUGCUUCAGUCACAAGUUCAGUUAUAUGAGAUUGCUUCAGUCACAAGUUCAGUUAUAUGAGAGUGCUUCAGUCACAUUUUGAAGUUCAGUUAUAUGAGAGUGCUUCAGUCACAAGUUCAGUUAUAUGAGAGUGCUUCAGUCAUGUGUUGUCUAUUAGGGUCAUAUUGAUAGGAACCUAGCUCUAGGAACACAUUGCUUAACCCUUUGCAUGCUGGGAAAUUUGUCGUCUGCUAAAAUGUCAUCUGCUGAAUUUCUAAAAUUAGCAUUUUCUUCGAUUUUUUAUGCCCCCCUUCGAAGAAGAGGGGGUAUAUUGCUUUGCUCAUGUCGGUCGGUCUGUCGGUCUGUCCACCAGGUGGUUGUCAGAUGAUAACUCAAGAACGCUUGGGCCUAGGAUCAUGAAACUUCAGUGGUACAUUGAUCAUGACUCGCAGAUGACCCCUAUUGAUUUUGAGGUCACUAGGUCAAAGGUCAAGGUCACGGUGACCAGAAAUAGUAAAAUGGUUUUUGAAUGAUAACUCAAGAACGCAUACGCCUAGGAUCAUGAAACUUUAUGGGUAGAUUGAUCAUGACUUGCAGAUGAUCCCUAUUGAUUUUGAGGUCACUAGGUCAAAGGUCAAGGUCACGGUGACCCGAAAUAGUAAAAUGGUUUCCGGAUGAUAACUCAAGAACGCAUACGCCUAGGAUCAUGAAACUUAAUGGGUAGAUUGAUCAUGACUCGCAGAUGACCCCUAUUGAUUUUGAGGUCACUAGGUCAAAGGUCAAGGUAACGGUGACCCGAAAUAGUAAAAUGGUUUUCGGAUGAUAACUCAAAAACGCAUACACCUAGGAUCAUGAAACUUCAUAGGUAGAUUGAUUAUGACUUGCAGAUGACCCCUAUUGAUUUUCAGGUCACUAGGUCAAAGGUCAAGGUCACGUGACAAAAAUCGUAUUCACACAAUGGCUGCCACUACAACGGACAGCCCAUAUGGGGGGCAUGCAUGUUUUACAAACAGCCCUUGUUUUUCAAAGAAUAUUAUCAGAAUAGCAAACAGUUUGGAUCCUGAUGAGACGCCACGUUCUGUGGCGUCUCAUCUGGAUCCAGACUGUUUGCAAAGGCCUUCAAAAUUCGGUUCCUGCACUGAAAGGGUUAAUGCUUGUGCAUAAAAUGUCGUCCCAGAUUAGCCUGUGCAGUUAGAAUAGGCUAAUUAGGGAAGACAUUUCCUGCUUUUGUUGGAUUUUUUUGUUAAAGUAGCUCCUUAAUUAAAAUAUAAUUUAGGCCGCAGUGUCAUCCUUGAUAUACCUGUGUGAACUGUACUGACUAAUCUUGAACAGCUGACUUUAAUCACAUGCAUUAGAACAUGUUGUCUAAGAGCAUGGCUCAUAAUGUUAGAUUGCAGCUCAAUUAUUUCUUUUUAAAAUAUCUCUUUAAUGACAAAAUUCUGUUCGGGACUAAGCAUGUUAAGUAAAUAAAUUGAAACAUAUUUCCAACCGCUUUAUUAGUAUUUGAGAGUUAAUUAUAAACAAAUUAUAUAUUGUUUAGUUUUAAUGAAUUGUAAAGUCAUCUGCCGGUAUAAAAAGGCUUGUUAUUUGUUACAUGUAUAAUUAUACCAUUGUUAUGCAUGAUGCCAUAGUAGUUUAGUGUAUAUUUGUUAGGCUUGAUAUUAAAGUUUUUAUCCUUUAUAUUUUCCAUUACCCUUUCAUAUUUAUCUUGUAUCUUGAUGUUAUAUGUACAUUAAAAGGCAUUUUGCUGUAUUUAUAAAAUGUUGAUUUUGGAAACAAGCUUACCCCUUCUUUGUUUACCUAUUUCUUAUUGGAAAGACUAUUUAACCUUUUCAGUCAGAAAAUGCUUUGAGCUAGAACAUUUUAUGGCAUGAUACCACAUGUCUGUAACUUGCAUGAAACAUGGAGGGUAAGUAACCAUGACAUAGAACAUAGAGGUCUUGACACAAUAUAUCACUUUCUGAUUAUAGUGAAUAAAUAUGACUUCAAAUAACAAUAAAGGCAGUCAGUUAAUUUUUUAGCAUUUUACAUUGAAAUAUUCAAGUUUAUUUUCGAAGUUAUAAAUUGAUGUUGCUUAUGGUUUAGGACUAGGUUUUAAAAUAGUCCCCGUAACUGACAAUGUAUAGCAUGCAACAUUUUAUAGACACACCCAUUUAUUUAUGCCAAAAUGGCCAGAAUGGAAGAAGAAAAACUGUUUCCUAGUCAAGAAAAGAAGCAAACCGUACCUCAAAUGUAUUUAACAAUAUCACAGAUCAUGUGACUGAAAGAUUGAUCAGUGUUGCAGAACAUUAUUUCAUCAUUAAAAAAGUGCACAUUUUCUCUUUACAGUGUCCUUUUAAAAAGUAAUUUUAUAAUUUCAUUAUUUAACAAUCUAGGGUUUGCUCAACGAUAUUAAAAAUUAUUAUAAAUUAUUGGAGAGAACAUUUGUAACUGGAUGGAACUUGUGGGUAUGGAGAAGAAAUCUAAGUAAUAUUAAAAGUCAAGCUUUUAACCUGGUGCUGUUAAAUUAACAGACAAGCCGUAACAUCAUGCUUAAAAAACAUGUUGUGAUUCCUUUUUUUACACCCUCAUUGGUCAUGUUUUCAUUUCCACAGAUUUAUCUGUGCAAAUUCAAUAUUGAAUUAAACAUUUUCUUUAAGAUGAAUUAUAAUUUUGACAAACAUGUAAUUCACCAUAGUCAGUAUUAUAUUGGGUUUGAAAAAUAGCAAGAGCUACUGAAACAUUUGAUAAACUAAUUACUUGGUAUGUACUUUUAUAUUUGGCAAAAGUUGUUAAAUAUAAUUGCCCACAAUUUAUGUUAAUAAAAAUUAUUGAAGUUUUGGUUUAAGAAAAAUGUCUUCAAUAUAAUUUCACAAAAGCAAAUUUAAAGCAAUGUUAUAAAUACCAAAUAAAUAAAUAAUUACAGCUAUUAAUCUAUUUGGUCAUGCCACACACAUUUCAAUGUAUCAAUAAAUGUUUGUUUCUCAAUGUGCAAUUUGAAGGCUUGUAGAAACACCAUGGUCAUACUGCACAGAAAUGAGGAAGUUUUUGUACCACUGUAUUAAUCUGUAUUAAUUACUAUGGAAUGUAUGUUGCAGAAAACGUGUUGAAUAACAAUUAUGUCUGUUAUUGGAAUAAUAAAUUAUUGUAUUGAA